AUGGCACAGAAACAGAAGAAGAGAAGGGAAAGGUCACUGGGUAGCAGCAGAGCUUCAACCCUCUCUCUAUCUGCCCCAUUAACCAUUUUCUCUCCCAGGCUCCUCCCACCUCGCUCUCUCUCUUCAAUUCUCCGGGUGACGUUUCACUCUCUCUCUGUCCAAUUUGCGUUGGUCGACGAACGAGCCGUGGUAGGUUUGAGAAUGUCUGGUGGGGAGGUAGGUGGUGGGGGUGUUUUCGUGGCGUGGGAGGAGCAGGUGAUAUGCCAGGAGCGUGGGAACCGAGUAAUUCACUUCUACCUGAAGGAUGCGUUGGGGAAUUCGGUGCUGGCGGUUGUGGGGACUGAGAGGAGUGUGAGGCACAUGAUGUAUGUUGUCCCUGACCAUUUCUUGCAGGCCUAUGGAUCCACACAGCCCAUCAAUGCUUGCAAAUGGAGGGCGCGGCGAGAGGUCGUCGACUGGCUGACUUGUUUGGUCUCCCGGAAUCGGUCACACCAUGCAGGUGUACAGCUGGAUGAUUUAGCACAAGCUGAUGAAUCUCACAAGAUUUUAAUGCCUGGAAUCAAUGUCAGUAACAAAUAUUUACCUGAUAAAAUGAUUUCUAGAAAACUAAAAUUUCAAAGUUCAGAUAUUGAAUGGUCAGGCAGUACUUGGUUUUGUGCUAAACAGCUAAAGCACUACUCAGGGUUUUGCAGGAAUGGAACAACCAUAAAUGUUCAUUCAUUUGUAUAUAUUAUGGCUGAAGAAGAAAAUCACUAUCUUGGCUACUUGGAAGAUAUGUAUGAAGACAAGAAGAGACAAAAAAAGGUGAAGGUGCGGUGGUUUCACCAUGGUCAGGAAGUUAAGCAUGUGAUUCCACAGCUGAAUCUGCAAGAGGGAGAGGUUUUCAUCACACCUCAUGUUCAGGUGAUCAGUGCUGAGUGCGUCAAUGGUCCUGCAACUGUUUUGACUCCUAAACAUUAUGAGAUAUACCUGGCUGCUGUGCCUCAUACCUCUUUAUCUGAGAUCCAUACGUGCUUUAGGCAGUUUAAAAACAAUAAGCUUAAGCCCUUCACACUUACAAAGUUGCGUGGAUAUAGUAACCAGCCUGUACUUUCUUGUUUGAAUAGUCCAAUUCUCUCAAAGAGAAAGUCAAAGUGUGAAAAAUCGCACACAGAUGAUGAUGAGAACUUCACUCAAGAUGAUCCUUUAAGGUCCAGCAAUAAGAGAAUUAGAAGCUCAAAGGAUCAAAUAUUUGAGAGGGGUUUUUCUGGUCUGCAAAUCUCUGGUCCUACCAAUGAAAUGACAAAAUGUGGACCAAAAUACCCUAGUUUAAAAUUAAAACUAUCAAGAAAAACGAUGGGUAUUAAGGUUAUUGGACCAAAGCCUAAACUUUCUUUUCAGGUCAGUGCUAAGAUAGAGGUUCUUUGUCAAGAUAGUGGCAUUAGAGGAUGCUGGUUUAGAUGUAAGAUCUUGAGUAUGUCUCCGAGGCUGCUGAAGGUCCAGUAUGAUGAUUUGCUUGAUUUAGACGGACCACAUAAACUAGAGGAAUGGGUCCCUGCAUCGAGAGUGGCAGAUCCUGACAAAUUGGGUAUGCGAUGUUCAGGCCGCUUAACAGUACGACCAUGCCCUCCUGAAUACAAUUCAGGUCCUACUUUUGAGAUUGGAGCACCAGUGGAUGCGUGGUGGUGUGAUGGAUGGUGGGAAGGUGUCAUAACUGCAGUUAAUGUCAGUGGAGAUGGAAUCCUGCAAGUUUAUACCCCUGGUGAAGGGAGGUUUCUAAAGGUCGAGCAAAAGAACAUUCGAUUUUCCCGAGAUUGGAUCAAUAACAGAUGGGUUGAAAUAGGAGGUAAGCCUGACAUAUGCAGUUAUUUAACUUCAAAUGUCAGGUCCAGCAUCGGGAUGUCUGCUAAUUCUGCAGUGGUAGAUGGAUCUAUAUCUGAUUGCUCUGCUUUAGAAAGUAAAUCAUCAUCAAUUCCCAAAGUUGAAGUUGCUAAAAAGGUUGAGCCAGUAUCGUCUGGUUUGGAAACACCUGCGGAUCUGGAGAAUAUGAAGGGAAUAACUCUGAGGGAGCCACUCUAUGCCAUUCAUGAAGAUAAAGAUAACAACCCUGGUGGUGGCUGUGAUGAUGAAGCUGACAAGGCUGUGAAGACACUUCUGACCCUAAAUGAACACAAGUAUAAUAACUCUUGUGGAGGCAGUGAUGAUGACACUGACAAUGAAGUCAAUGUCAAUGGUGAUAAUGUUGAUGAGGAGGAGGGCAGUGAAGGAAAUUUUGAUUGUUCUGAACCAAAACUUGAUGCAGCAGAAGCAAUACAAGUUGCAUGA